GUUGCUGCUGCGAUCCGCGCCCGGGGGGCUGCACCCGGGGACCGGCUGGAACUGACCAGCCCCCGGACCGCUCCGGCAGCCAGGCAGCGGCGGAGCGAGGACCACAAGGAGCCGGGGCAGCGAUCGGCGGCGUGACCCGGCCCCGGUGCACCCACCCGCGGCGGCUUGGGGGCGGGGGUGCGAAGGGGGGGCCGCCCGGCAGCAAGAAAGUUACAGCCAAGUGCGGAGCGGCCGCUGGACCCCUCUGCCCGCAUUGCACGGGGAGGUGGGUCAGAGCAGACGCGGGGUGAGGGGCUUGCAACCUCCCCGGGAUCACCAGGACUGGACUGGGGGCAUCCGGAAAAGCGAGUUUUCUGCCUUGGAACAGGAACCCAGCUGUUCGAUCCCCAACAAAACAUCUGGCGUUACCAGCUACUCAGUGGAUUUCCCUCCCAAAAUAUUAUAUCCAUCUCCUGUUUCUUUCUAUCCCUCCAUCCUCCCUUUUCUAGAUCUAUCUAUCCCCAUACACCCCCUCUAUCCAAUCUCUGCCCCCCCCCUAUUUCUUGAGGAGCAUAUUUCUUUCUCAAAACAAACCCCAGAGCCAAAGGGUUAAACGUCCAGUCUGCAGCCCCCUCGCCCCAACCCUUGGAUGGGAGUCGGGAGCGCUUCAGGAAGAAGCGCCUGCUCAGGUGACGUGAUAGGCACGGACCCUUGAAGUCCAGGGCUCUGGAAUGGCUCGCGCCGGGCUUGGGAGUUCCUGGCAGAGGCUGGACUGAUCAGAGAGCUGGCAGGGGAGGCGAGAACGCCUUAAAAAGUCCUGGGACUCUCAGGACAGCCCAGAUGCUGAGAGGAAGAGGAGGUCAUCUGAAGAAGUAAAGCAAGGAGCUUCCACCUCAAAGGAAGGAACUGAGGCAGGAUGGGGUCUGUGCAUGGAGACUGGAUCAGCCGGCUUUGCGUGGCUGGACUGGCCCUGGGUCUGGCCCUGCUGACGGCCCAGCUCUGCCAAGGCAGCAGGAAGGUCCCUCAGCGGACGUCCCGGCAGGUGCCCGAGGAGGACGGAGCUGGAAACCAAGUGGCGGGUGCCUGGAGCAGCUGGAGCCCGUGGUCAUCCUGCUCCCAGCCCUGUGGGGUGGGGGUCUUGGAAAGGAUCCGCACCUGCCUGCCCCCCUAUCAGCGAGCCCCCUGGGGGGGCCCUCAUGGCCCACACACGUACGCCCAGCCCCUGUACCCACAGGAACGGGCCAAUCCUUACCCACCACGGUCAUCCUACCCCCUUCACACUGAUGGGGAAUCGGGGGCGCCUCUCUCCCCACCGGGGCCUGCCUUCCCCCUCCACAGCGACUCUGCCCUCCCCCUCCACAGCGGCUCCAGCCACACCCGGGCAGCCCCCCCUCCCGCCCGCUACGGGCCCCCGAACAGGUACAUCCGCCACGAGUCCUUCCCCUCCGAGCAGCUGCCUUUGUCCCCGCUGCGGGAUGCCUCCUCCACGCACUCCAGCCGCGGGAGGGACCCAGCCCUCGCCCCCAGAGCCCCAAGGCGGGAAGAGGACCCGUCCGGCAAAGCAGGCGCUUCCAGCCGCGGCCUGGCCCACUCUUCACGUCGGCUGCGCCACCCGGACGCUCCCGCCACCUCCAGCCCGGAAAGGCCCUUCAGACGCCGCAGCUCGGCCCCGGCGCGGCUGCCCGCCCAGGAGUCACUCCCGCUCUUCAAACCCGAGCGGCGGGGCAGCCACGAGGCGGGCGGCGCAGCCGGCAGCUCCCGACACGCUGCCCUCGGGUCCAAGUGGGCAGCGUCCCCGACGCAGGAGUCCCGUGCUGCCAGGAGGUCUCGAAUUCGAGAGUCGAUCAAACCGGGGAAAUAUGGCUACGGGAAGGUGCCCUUCGCACUGCCGCUGCACAAGGAAGUGGCGGAGGGGGGCACGCCACGGUUCAAGAGACACCCAGGGCUCCCGAGCAACCAGCCACCGCCGCCCACCAAGACUCCCAAGCGCAAGGCCAAGGAAGCCCCCAGCCGGGAGAAGGAGCCGCUGGCCAAGGGCGAGCACCAUCCGCAUCACAAGCAGAGGAAGGCCAUGCCGGCGGAGGACUCCGCGCAGCCCCAGCUCCAGGCUGGAGUGCUGGCAGAGAACAGCUCAGAGCUGGCAGGGCAUAGGGCGAGGCCCAGAAGUGAGGGAGAUGGGCCCGCUCCACACCGCCAGCCCCACACGGCCGAGCAGGGCAGCGCUGGGCCACUGAAGGCCGAGGCCACAGCCAAGUCCCACACAGGCCCCUCGGAGGACGAGGCGAGUCCUGGAGACAAUCGGGAGCCAGCAGCACCAUCCCCAGAGCUGCAAGGGGCCCGGCAUCGCACCGGGGAGGGCACUCCCCAGCUGGGCCCCUCUCCCACGGAGCAGCCAUCCCUGUUUGUUGGCUGGGCUCCGGCGGCCACCGUAGGGCCCGGCGAGGGAGAGCCAAUGGCUGUGGAGGAGACAGAUUCGCAGGAGUCGCGCCUGAGGGCGGGAGCGCAGGCGCCCGCCAAGCGAGGAGGAGGAGACGGGCCCGGGGACGGCACAAGGGGUAUCCAGCAGCCUUCCCGCCCUGGGACGCCCACGGGAGAGAGGGACCCGAGCAGCGGCCAUGCCCCUCGGCCAUGGGGGGAGCUGCGCCUCACGCACGAGGUGCUGAAGAACCACAGCUCCACCGUGGAGGCGCAGCUGGCGCCCAAGGGACACGGGGCAGGGGGUGGCCAAAAGGAGGCACCAGAACUCGGCCACCCCCAUCCCCACUCCCACCAUCGGGCCACAGGAGCACCAAAGCCCGGGCCUGAGGCCACCCACCUGGCCCAGCCAGAGGGAGCAGGCCCUGCUGACCCCCCCGCACGCUCCCAUCCCCACCAGUUGGCCCGGCCCCGUGCUCAGAGACAGAACGAGUACCGCCCGGGCAGCUACGGCACCCGGGCCUCCCAGAGCCUCUUCGUGGAACAGCCCUCGCCUCACCGGCUGGCAGAACCGGACAUCUGGCUGCUCCACCGCGGCAACCCUGUCCAGUUCCAAGCCAGGGGGCAAAGGCCCAGUCUGGGCCUGCACCCAGGCCCCGAGGUGCCCCAGUGGAAUCUCUACCACCCUGGCACAGAGACCUUCCACUGCGAGGGGGAGAGCAAGCAGUUCAAAGCCUGUAGGCAGGAGCCGUGCCCAGCCGACCAGCCCGACGCCCGAGCCGUGCAGUGCGCUGCCUUCAACACCCAGGAGUUCAUGGGCCGCCUCUACCAGUGGGAGCCCUUCACGGACGUGCGGGGCUCCCAGCGCUGCGAGCUGAACUGCCGCCCGGUGGGGUACCGGUUCUACGUGCGGCACACGGAGAAGGUGCAGGACGGCACGCCGUGCGAGGCCGCCUCCCUCGACAUCUGCGUGGCUGGAGAGUGCUUGAGCCCCGGCUGCGACGGGGUCCUGGGGUCCAACCGGACGCUGGACAGCUGCGGGGUGUGCGGGGGCGACCACUCCACCUGCAAGCUGGUGGUGGGCAACUUCAGUGACUCCAACGUGCCCAUCGGCUACCACAAAAUCCUCGAGAUCCCCCAGGGCGCCACCAGGAUCAACGUGACUGAGAUGACCCGGAGCCCCAACUACCUGGCCUUGAGGAGCCGCUCCGGGAAGUCGAUCAUCAAUGGGAACUGGGCAGUGGAUCCCCCCGGGCGCUACGAGGCGGGCGGCACCGUCUUCGUCUACACCCGGCCGGGCCACGAGGAGCCCCGCGCAGGGGGAGAGUCACUGACAGCCGAGGGGCCCACCACAGAACCCAUUGAUGUGUAUAUGAUCUUCCAGCAGGACAACCCCGGCGUCGCCUACCGCUUCUUCCUGGCGGGGGCCAGACCAGACAGCCCCGCCCAUGACCCUCCCGGCCGCCGGCAGGACGUCAGUGCCCUGACCAUGUUGUCACCAAGUGACCAGCUGGUGCCGCCCACCUCUUACAAUCACCCCAUGGGGACCCGGCACCGGGCGCCAGCACCGGCCAGCCAGUCAGGCAGGACCCCCGGGACACUGCAGCGCAACGUCCGCGUCCCACCACUGUCGCCCCCACCCUGGCACCAGCCACACGACGUCUAUUGGAAACGGGUGGGGAGCACCGACUGCUCCGCCUCCUGUGGGAAAGGGCUCUGGCAGCCCGUGUUCCGCUGUGCUGCCCGCCACUCCCAGGAGGAGGUUGGGGAGGAGCAAUGCGCCGAUGCCCCCAAACCGCCCGCGCCGGACGAAGCCUGCAACACCCAGCCCUGCCCGGCCUACUGGGACAUGGGCGAGUGGUCGGCCUGUAGCAAGUCCUGCGGACCGGGCACCCAGCACCGCCAGGUCCUGUGCCGUCAGACCUACGCCAACCGCAGCACCAUGGUGCACCCGCAGCACUGCGGCCAGCUGGACAAGCCCAGCCCCACGCAGCCCUGCCAGCUCCGCGUCUGCAGCCACUGGGAGGUGCGCACCAACUGGAGCGCGUGCUCGGUUCUGUGCGGCCUGGGCCACCGGACCCGCCACAUCCGCUGCAUCAGUAACCAUGGCGACCUGCUGAGCGACGGCGAGUGCAACGGUAGCCACCGGCCCCCGGCCAACGAGGCCUGCGACAUGGGGCCCUGCGUGCGCAGCUGGUUCCACAGCGACUGGAGCAACACGUGCUCGGUGGAAUGCGGGACGGGGAUCCAGCGCCGCUCGGUGGUCUGUCUGUCCAGCUACGCCAACGGGCAGGUGGAGGAGACCUGUGCGGGCACCAAGCCGGCCGACAUGCGGGCCUGCAACAGCGGGCCCUGCCACCGCACCGUGAAGUGGUACACGGGACCCUGGAGCCAGUGCUCGGCGGACUGUGGCACCGGCACCCAGCGGCGGGACGUGAUCUGUGUCAGCAAGUUUGGCUCGGAGUUCAAUGUGACGGAGGCAUCGGAGUGCGCCCCCCUGGAGAAGCCGCCCUCCCUGCAGCCCUGCACCGGCAGUGCCUGUGACGCUCGCUGGUUCUCCACCUCCUGGAGCGCGUGUUCUAAGUCAUGUGUGGGGGGAGUCCAGGUGCGGGAGGUGCAGUGCCUGACCCAGAACAAAACCUUCAGCAAUCUUUGCCCGUCGGACCUCAGGCCCAUCAAGAAACGCUCCUGCAAUACCCAGCCCUGCACCCCCGAUCUCGACGAGAACUGCAGGGACAAGUACCAAAACUGCCCCGUGGUGGUGCAGGCCCGGCUCUGCGUCUAUUCGUACUACAAGCUGGUGUGCUGCGCCUCCUGCACACGGGCCGUGGAGCGGAGCAAGGACAUGCAGAGCCGGUAGCGGCGCCGGCCGGCCAGAGACGGGGGCUGGGCUCUCGCCCGCUCAUUGUGGGGAGGACUCGGACGGACCUUGGCUGUGAAACCAAUGCCCGGCCCCCCCGGACGCUCCUGGGAUCCAGCUACUCGUCCCCCCGAGGUGACCCAGCAGCAUGUGGGGAGGGGACAACCAGACUCUGCCCGCAGGGACGAGGAAUGAGCGGCCAGGACGGCUUUGAACGAGGAUCACGGCCAGGCCGCAUGCGUGGCUCGUCCCAGGGCCUGUCGCUGGAGAGGCCAGUUCCUCUUGCUGAUCUAGGGCCUGAUCCUGGGUGGGGUUGAGUGCCAGGAGCUUGUCCCCGCUCACUCCAGCAGGGGCAGUCCUGCCCAGGAUCAGGGCCCUUGUGUGUUACUGACCAAUUCUGCGUAUGGGCCCAGUGAUGACGGGAAGGGGCGAUGCUGACUGCUCCCUGGGACCGUGAUGCUUAUGACCCCGCCCCUGGCCCGGCUGCCCCGUCAACACAUGGCCCCACAGCUGAGCCCGGAAAGCCUACCACCCUCCCGGCCCCCCCAGCUACCGGAAGGAAUUGGUGCUUCCCGCUGGGAAACACGACUCCCGUCGCUUCCGCGGAGCCUGACCCUCGCACGACCUGUGUCCCACGGAGCUGCGAAGCCCAGCGCCGGCAGGCCUCCUCGUAAUGGUGCGAAGAGACCCAUGUGCUCCGUGUCCCAUCCCAGAGCCUGGCCUGGGCCUCACGUCUGAGCCUCCGAGCCCCUUCUUUGGGCAUAGAAGUGACACAACUCGGAGUUUGGGAGUGGCUUUCAGCCCAACUCCUGGCAGACAAAAGUCACCGCCCGGAUUACCACCUGGCCAAGGACCGAACGGGCAGCAGGAACCUGAACUCCCCUCUGACCCCUAGGGGGCGCCCUUGCAUUGGGGAGCUUGCCCUGCACACCCAGCCCAGCAACUUCUACCGGUGCUGACGUGACCCCCGAAUGCGGGUCAAGCUUGCGUGAGUCCCCUCCAGUUGUUUCCCCAUCAACUUCCUUCCCUGUCCCUGCUUUGUCUGGGGAACAUACAAGGCAAACCUCCUCCUCUGUAGAGCACACGCCCCCCAGGCCACAGGGAUGUCUGCAUGGGCUGGCUGGCUGUUUUGGGGAUAGCAUCUCUCCGUCAUGUCUUUCUGCUUCUCUUGAGACCAACAAGAUUCUUGCUGUUAACUUCAUGGGCUAUAGAUCAGCCCCUAGAUUUCCCAUCACUUUUAAUGUCCACACGUAAUCCCCACCUCGAGCUAUGCACCGGAUUUGAACCUGUGAUCUUCAGGAGAGAAAAAAGGAAAAAAACACACAUGCCACUACCAGUUAAGCUAAAGCAUCACCUCUUUUAGGUACUGUCUGUAGUAGACCUUUAACCUCUUGUGGACCAGCCACCAGCCAACAACAUGGACACACCAUGCUAGAGCGUUGAGGGCCACAUUUGAUGAGGCUGGGUAGCAAACCCCUGACAAAUAAAGGCAUUAUAUUAAAGACAUUUUAUAGAAAAUUUUUACUGCAAAGCCAUUCAGAGUGUCCAGAUUAUAUAAAUAUAUAACUAUAUAUUAUAAAGAUUGUAUCUGGGUUUUUUUGUGCAAAUCUAAUUUAUUUUUUAUUAAAGAUGAGCUGAUGUUUC